AUAGAAAAGCAAUGAAGUUUGUUUGUCCUGAGUUUAGUCUUUCAGGUCAAGUCAAAGUGAAGUACGUGUAUUCAUGCAGCUCAUUUAAAAAACAACACGACUUGGAUUCCACGUUCUGCCAAAUCAGACUCCACCAUUUUCAAAUAAGUUAAGACUGUAUUAAAAAAGAGGUGUAAAAAUGUUCAUUCUUGCCUGAAAGUCUUGACUCAGGGCAGCAAAACCUCAGAUAGCGCUAUGAAUUAUGGGUAAGAUUAGACAUGUCUGCGCCCUGUCUUCAUCCGGAGCACAACCUUACCUCAAUGUGAUAACAGCGGGAUUCGAGCUGUAAACCAGGAUCUCCAGCUUCUGAACUCUGGACAUUAUCAGUUUGAAAAGUGUGAAGAUGUCGGAAAACACGCAGCAGGUGAGCGUGGCGGGAAACACGCGCAGCCGAUCAGUGGUCGCUGAGAUGCUGGCGAAGAAUUUCGAGAGGCUGCCGGACUCCGACAAGAAACUGUUCCUGUACGGACCCCUGUACCUGGGGGGGAACGGGGCGCUCGCAGGGCUGGUCUCCAACAGCUUUUACCGCAGAGCCCUGAACGUCACACAGGCGGCGGUCACCUCCAGCCUGCCGAUGGCGGUGCUGCCCUUCAUGACAACGGUGGCCCUGUACAACGCGGCGGUGUCCGGCCCCCUCCUGUCCGGCGACCUCAACUGCCCCAGCUGCGCCCUGAUCCGGGGCGCCCUGGUCGGCCUGGUCGGUGCCGGCGUGUACCCCAUCCUCCUGGCCUUACCCGUCAACAUCGGCCUCGCCACCAGGUACAACACGGCGCCCAUGCCGGAGAAGGGCAAUAUGUUCCGGUACUGGGUGGACCUGUCCCGGCCGAUCCUGAGGAGGAUGAGGGCGGUGCUGGUGCUGCAGGUCUUCUUCGGCACGUACCUCGGCUCCAGGCAUUUUGAGACGUACACCAAACUGGCCCAGAUCACAUUCGGUUCAGGUGGAGAGGAACUUAAAGACUGAGACUUACUGAGCUCAACCUCCAGAGAAACACGAGCCUUUCUAUUGAUUCGCUCACUGACAGUUGUUCUGCCAGGAAUCAAAUCAAGUGUGGACUUUCUAGUGUUGCUGGUAUGUAAAAAUGAACAAUAAAUAAACUGUACAAACUCACUACUUCUCCUGCACCUAAAGAUUAUAUAUUUAAAAAAGAUCUUAUUCAGUAUUUGGCUUCAUCUUAAUGUGUAUGCUUUUCAAAAUAAGAGCUGAAACAAUACAUAUAUGACCCGUCUUUAGAAAAAUAAUCAACAAGUUAUUUAAAUAAAAUGUUUAAAUCCUUUUUAGGCAACUUAUUUCUAUGACUAUGUGAAAUUUAGUGCAGCUUAAUCGAGUGGAGAUGGUGGGAACCAGAGGUAUGUGCUCAACCCAGUGUCGUUCUAGUUACAGUAAUGUUUAACAUGGGGUUGCAUUGGGCUGUGCUGACUGCCUGAAUGAUUUAAACCUUGGUGACUCUGUUUCAAGUUAUGCAGAUAAUGCACUUAUUCAUUCAACUGUAUGUACUAACAUUUAUGCUUUUUUCAAUCCAAUCAAAUAGUCAGGAAAUAUCCACAUCCAAAUGAGAUAAAAUGGUUUUAAAUCAA